UACGACUACCAUCCAUGAUGACGUGUCACUUUGACUCGUUCUUCCUCUCUCUUUCUUCUUCCUUUCAAUAUCCAACCAAACCCCACGCGCUACAAAUCACUUCUCUCCGUUUUCUGCUUCAGCAUUCAAUCUUCAUGUACUUCAGAUUUUACCCGGUCAUAUAUUCGUAUUUGAUUUUUCUCCUUAGAAAUGGAGUGGGUCAAGGGCUUUAGGUGAGAAAAUUGCAUGUAGACACUUCACAUUCAAUUUAUUAUCAAGACUAAAUUUUCAUGAGUUCAUUGGUAUUUCCUGGAAAAAUCAUCCACUGGGUAUGAGUUUAAUUUCUUAGAAUUUGUCGACUUCGAAUUGAAAUGUUAGGAGAAGAGGGUGGUAAGGACAGCCCAGCCGGUGGCACCAAAAGAGCUUAUUUACGGUCGGUUUCCUGGACUGACCGGUCACCCACCAAGCCUAACCCCAACCCAAAACCGCAAUCUAGCAGUAAAGCACGGACGUUUUUGCCGCCACUAUCGAUAUCCAAGCGGCCUGUUGAGGAAUGGCCAAUGGCCAGUUCCGAUGAUCUUGGUGUGUGGCCAAAUCCACAGACACCAAGAGGGUCGUUACAACCCUUGGAGAGUCCUAAUUCAGAACAGCCUGUGAGGGAAUUUCUAUUUAAGAGGGAUAAGCUUGCAUUUUUUGAUAAGGAAUGUUCAAGGAUUGCUAAUCAUAUUUAUCUAGGAAGUGAUGCUGUGGCCAAGAAUCGUGAUAUUUUGAGGCGAAAUGGGAUUACUCAUGUGCUCAAUUGUGUUGGCUUUGUUUGUCCUGAGUAUUUUAAGAAUGAUCUCAAGUAUAAAACACUUUGGUUGCAAGAUAGUCCUUCAGAGGAUAUCACAAGCAUUCUCUAUGAUGUGUUUGAUUACUUUGAAGAUGUUCGAGAGCAAGGUGGGCGCGUUUUUGUACACUGCUGCCAGGGAGUGUCAAGGUCAACUUCUCUGGUUAUUGCAUACCUUAUGUGGAGGGAAGGCCAGAGCUUUGAGGAUGCAUUUCAGUUUGUGAAGGCUGCAAGAGGAGUUACAAAUCCGAAUAUGGGCUUUGCUUGUCAACUGUUGCAGUGCCAGAAGCGGGUGCAUGCUGUCCCUGCCAGUCCUAAUUCUGUGCUUAGGAUUUACCGGAUGGCACCUCACUCUUCGUAUGAUCCUCUCCAUGUUGUACCAAAAAUGUUAAACCACCCCAGUGCUGAAAGAUUUGACUCUCGUGGGGCAUUCAUUGUUCAUGUUCCUUCUGCUAUAUAUGUGUGGAUAGGAAAGAGAUGCAAACAGGUAAUGUCAUAUAGUGCAAGGGAAGCUGCCAAUCAGGUCAUCCGAUAUGAAAGAGCUCAUGGACCAAUUAUUAGCAUCAAAGAAGGGGAGGAGCCCUUGGAACUUUGGGAUGCUCUUGCUAGGGGACAACACUUAGUAGAUGGUUCCAGUGAAAAGGAGGUUCAAGCUGAAGAAGUAUCAUAUUCUGAGAAUGAUAAGGUCACUACAAAAAUGCAUUUUGGGGCUGGUGAGAGGAAAGUUGAUGAGUAUGAUUUGGAUUUUGAACUUUUCCAUAAAGCACUAGCUGGUGGGGUUGUUCCGCCAUUUUCAGUAUCAACUACUGAAUCUGAAACCUGCCUCCCUGCUAGAGAGAGUGGGUGGUGCAGACUAAGACGUAAAUUUGCUUGCGGUGGUAUAAAAGAAUUUUUUGCAUCAUCCAAAUUGAGCCAUGCCACUUCUCUUGUAAGUGAUGGAUCAAACAUGAUAAUAGACAAUAGCAAAGAAUCAGAUGAUGCUUGUUCUCUUACUGAUUUUCCUUUACAGCCAUCACCACCUCUGACCGAUCUCUGUGGUUCACCAGAUUCCUUUGAUUGUUUCCCCAAUGGUAGCCCUGAUAGGAUCAGGGAUAAAGAAGUGGAAUGCUUUAUUCCCCAUUCUGGUCCUUUAUUUCCACCAACGCCUUCUUGUGGUUCACCAUAUUCAUUUUCCUGUUAUAGGGCCGGCAGCCCACAUCUUGGCUCUAAGUCUCCUACCCUCUCGCCUUCAACAUCUGAUUACUCCAGUUCCUUUAACUUUUCACCUUCAUCUUGCAAUUGGUCUGACUUCUCACACUUGUCUUCUCAGCAGCCUUCACCUUCUGGCUUGGAAGCUAUAGAUUCACUUUAUGGAAAGCAUGCUCCCUUGGCAGAUAAUUCCUGUUUACCAUGUGAAAAAACUCUACCUUCACCUUUAAAGAAAUUUUCUGAUGAUCAUAAUUUCAGAGCAGAAAAAGUUUGUUGGCCUUGUAAAGAAAUUUACCCAUCAAUUGCAGAGCGUAGAGGAAGUAAUCCUCCACCCCGCCUGUUACCAUCUAAUGACAAACCAUCUCUAGUAGCCAAGAACCUAGUAAGAUCAUGGUCCUUUUCUCUACCUGACUUGGAUCCUGAUGUGGUGAAGGAUAUGGAUGACAACCAAUUUGAUUAUGAAGACAAUAGAGAGGAGCUAAUGUUAGAUGUUGACAUCAUCAGUGUUGGCAAUGAUUCACAUAGUGAGGUUGAAAACGAGAAAGGGGAUAGUAAUAUUCAUCUACCGUAUGGUUCUUUGAUUAAAGAGGUUGCAGAAGUGACAACCCCAGUGUUGUAUGAGUGGCCUUCUUUAAGUAAAGUGGAGAUGCAUUCCACUCACACCCUUGAUUCAAGAUCGGUGUAUAUUUUGUCGACUACAAAUUUGAGUUUGGGCACAAUUGAGGAUGGUGUUUGGUAUGUUUGGUUGGGGCGUGAAGCUUCAAGUCAAAAAGGUCAGAGACAAUUGAUUGGCGACAGUGGCUUAUGCAAGGAUGGCCACCUGCAGUUGGAGACAAUUGAUCACAACAUUCGUAGUCAGUUGGGUUUGCCAGCCAAAGCUUCUGUAAAGAUAGUUAAAGAAGGCGAGGAGCCAGAGCAAUUCCUUAACCAUCUCAACCAUUUCUUACUUGAAAAGGCAUACAACAGUGGCAACAAGUAAGAUACAGUCUGGAAAGUUCCUUAUUCUCCCAGAAGUCAGUUUGUGAUAUCUCUUAGCACCCUGGUAAGUGGUAAACUGUUAGAAAGGCUAUUACAUCUUAGUCAAAGUAUUCAGGCAUCCCAGGCGGUAGAAAUUAACUGUAACUGCUUGCGUGAUGUAUCCAGACUUCAAGUUAUUACUAGCCGUGUACAUAAAAGAAGCCUGCUUACUCUAUAGGAACUAAAAUUCAAUAAUGUCCUCUGGAUAAGUGAAUAAGAUCAUUUUUCUACCGGUUUUUGUUUCUUUGUCCUGGCGAAUCCAACACCAAAGGUGUUCUUAAGAAUUUAAUCCGUGUUAUGGUGAUUUGACUUCAAAUAUUGACACUCUUACAAGA